UGACGGUGAGGAUAGUUUAGUUUCGGUCGCAGUUGUGUACGCUUGUUUUGCAAGACGUUUUAUUUAAUUGUUUAAAAGCGUAUUGUGGUCCAUAAAAAUCGUGAAUCCUGCCGCCUAUAUUGAUUAGCAGAGAAUAGCAACUGAAGAGAGAUUGCGGUUUUGUGGGAGGAGGUUUUCCAUUGAGGAUUUAGUCUCGGAAGACAUUUUGUUUUUUCGCAGCGUUCGCGAAAAAGUUCGCACGAGCUCGCGUGGAAAAACAGGAGAUCCUGGUAAGAUAGAAUGGUUGCAACUAAACAAACGAACGGACAGCGGAAAAGUGGGAGACAAGGUAAUAAUCGUAAAUUUAAAGCAGCAGCAAUGAACGGUGUAGGUAAGGUCCCACGCUUCAAUUCGCGGGCAGCCGCGACCGGCAUCAACGCGAUCAUGUUCAGCGCUAGUCAGAUCCCUGACAAUCCAGGUUAUGUGGACUUCAACGAGCCCACACCGCCGAGGCAGCCUGUGCCGAAAGCAGUGCCAAAGCAACCGCCCGGUAAUGACGCGAACGGUAAGCCGCAGCGAGGUCCAAGGCGCACAAAUCCCGGGAAUUCCAAGAGGAUGAAUCAGCCGCGAAACCAGAAUAUCGGAAAUGGCUGGGGACCACAACGUAUACCCGGCACACAAAUGCCACAACAGAUGCCGCCACCCGGGCCGUCCGGUCCCCACGGUAUGCGAAAUUUCCAAACGCCACCAAUGCCCAGAAUGGGUGGAAGACCACCAAUGGGAAUGCGGCCCCCAAUCAUAGGCCCACCACCGCCGCCACCCCCAAACAUGGCUCCAGGGAGAUUUGGGCCUCCGCGUCCACUCAUUCCGCCUCCAUUGGCUGGCUGUCCACCUAUGGUGCCACCCCCGUUGGGUGGCCCGAUUCGGCCUCCUAUCCGCGGAGGACCUCUUCCUCCUCGGGGCGGUCCCAUACGCGGUGCUGUGCCAUCUGGUCCUGGAGGCCCGAUGAGACGCAAUAAGAACGUAAUAGGUAACCGGAAAAACCUGCGUAGUAGCAAACGCCGGGCUGGCAACUUGCCAGGCAACACAACAAAUAACGGCACAAAUGCAAAGGCCAAGAAAUCAACAACCACAAAGAAAACACUCAGCGAAAUUAUCAAUCAGUAUCCGCUAGACAAACCCUGGGUAACGGAAGAGAUUCGCGAGGAGCACAAGAAGAAAGAAGACAUUGAGAAUCGGCUGAAGGGAAACAAGGACGACAAGCUCUUUGCCGAGUUCAAAGUUCAGCGGGACAAAUUCGUGAAAAUGUAUGAAACGGCACGCCUCGAAUUCAUUGGGAAACAUCCCGAGCAGGAUAUUGACAAAAUCAUGACCGAGUCGUCGGACAAAGACAAAGGUGAAAAAGCCAAAACAAACAUUGAAAAUACAAAUGAAAAUCAAUCAGCAGCAACAUAAAUUGAAUAUGCUACAAAACAAUUUCUUGUUCGACACGAGAAUAACUUAUUUAAUUAGAAGAGAGACACAAAGAUUCUCAUAAUGUUUUAAAGAGAAUAUUAUUUAAAGAUAACAUUUGAAAUGCGAUUAACGUAACGUAAAAAAACAUUUGAAAUUUUUAUGAUGAUGAUACGAGAUGGUAGAGUCAUAUGCGAGUGGAAUUUUAAUGAUUUUAGUGAGCAGCCUAGUUUGUCCCAAGAGCUGAUAACGUUAGAUAGUACCUUUGCGACUUUGUUUUAUUUCUUAAAGUUAAUUACUGUUCUGUUUGCUUUCAUAUUCCCUCGCAUUAGAGUUAUCAAAUGGGCGAAGAUUUUAUUUGUGGAAAAUGUAAAUAUCUUGGAAUUCCUUAAACAUUUGAAACAUUAGACGCUUGUUGUUUUCAUAGAAUGGAAAAAAGAAACAUUUAUAAGUAUGCAAAGCCAACACCUUGUAUUUUUUCAUUUGCAAAACUAGAAUCAGCGAAGGUGUUUUUGCCUUCCGAAUAUGAAGGAUAGUACUGUGAAAAAGUGUUUAUAUUUAGCUCGAUAUGUCAAAUAAGGGACUUUUUCCUUACUUAGCAAAAUAUUCCAGUACUUUUGCAUUAAAAAAGUUACAUAAUUUUGCCAUCAAUCUCAAUAAAUGAAUAAGCUUUCACAUAAUUGUAAUGUCAUAUUGUUUUUGCUGUAAAAAAAUAACGGAAAUUAUUUCGUACCAUUGCUCGUUCUGGAUCAAUAACCUAACUAAACCUUUGAAAUCCAAUCCACUGUAAUCGAGAUCUAUUUUCAACCGAAACUUUGGGAAAUUUGCUGAAAUCAUCGGUGUCGAGAUUAUUCUCCAUUCGAAUUGCUAUUGAAUCAAAAGGCCUAGUCAUUUAUUUAGCUUCUAGUUUAACGCUUUCUUACUUUAUUCAUUGCCUUCGGAUACAUGGAAGGAUACUUCUGAUCAAAAUAAACCAUGAAUAGCGCACUUUGGAAAUACGUACAGUGGGCAUUUGGCGCGUACUGCGAAUUUUCUAGCUUUGUAUUUUUGGUCAAAAACGUUAUUGCUCUCACGGAAGAUUACGAAGCGAGGUUGAAAAGAGACCCGAGAAGAUGUGAAUUGGAUUUAUUGCGAAAAAUGAAUGCAUCAACCACUGAAUCUACAUUUUAUUGAUCUAGAAACGGAUACGCAUGGACGCUUCAAGGAGUUUCCAUAGCAAAUAUCUCGUAUCAAAUUAAUAACACUUUUAACGUACAUAAUUAAUGUAAAUCAUGAGAAUAUAAUAUUUCAAUAAAUAUUUACAGACGUUAUAAAUCAACUCGACCCAAGUCUAUACAGUCUGUGUAUAAUAAGUUGAUAGAUUGUUUCUAUUUUUAAAAAAACUUGUCUCGAUUUUAUUUCGAUAUACUCUUGAGAAGAAGUUCAUUUAAAUAUAUUCAGUGAAUUUGAUCACGUAUGCACGUUCAAUUCUAUUGAAGCGAAGAGUAACGUCGAGUUGGAUGAAUUCGCAUUGUUCAAUUUGUGCUGUCAUUGUCAUUGCAAUUUCAUAUCUAUCAUAUAGAGGAGUAAUCUUUAGUUAGAAAUACGUUUUUUAUUUAAACAUAUAGCAUAGCCAUACAAUGGAGUAUUAAACAAAUCUGAUCAGUUUAUUUUUAGAUGAAACUAGAAGGGAAUAUUCGUUGCAAAAAGUUUUAUAGAUUUCGUACAUAUUCAUACAUUAAAGGUUUAUCUAAAAAUAAAGAGAGGACAAUUUAAAUAUA